UAUCGAAUUGUGGAAAAAAUGAGCAAAUUAUGGAAUUAUUUAAUAUUUCAAGGAUGGAUGUCAUAUUUGAUGGCAGCUGGUUUAUUGAUUUUUACAAGCGGUUUUUUACUGAAUCGUAUUGCGAGACCAGAACGUGCCGAAUGCAAAUACUGUACAGAUUCUGACUGUACCAUUGAACAACUUCUCCAGAAUCCCGAAAUUGCUGCAAUCACGUGUGUUAAAAGGAAGUCACGCGUUGUGUUACUAGUUGUAGAUGCUUUAAGAUAUGAUUUUGCAUAUUGGUACAAUGAUAGUGGUUCUACUUCAUCAUACUAUCGCAAUAAAUUACCAAUAAUUCACGAAUUAUUGCAAAGUCAACCUAUGAAUUCACGUUUAUACAAAUUCAUAGCAGAUCCUCCAACAACCACUAUGCAACGAUUAAAGGGUCUUACUACAGGAUCGUUACCUACUUUCAUAGACAUUGGAUCUAACUUUGCUUCUGAAAACAUUAAUGAAGAUAAUCUUGUUGAUCAAAAUGCUGACAAAGGUAUUGUUUUCAUGGGUGAUGAUACUUGGAUUAAUUUAUUUCCUGGUAAAUUUAAACGUCAAUUUCCAUCACCAUCUUUCAAUGUUUGGGAUAUAGACAGUGUUGAUAAGGAUGUUAGAUACCGUAUAUUUUUUGAAAUGAAGAAGAAAGAUUGGUCUCUUCUUAUAGCACAUAUUCUUGGCAUCGAUCAUUGUGGACAUAAACAUGGUGCUAAUCAUCCUGAAAUGACUAGAAAAUUAAAUGAUACAAAUACUCUUAUAAGAGAAAUUAUUGGAUCCUUAGAAGAAGAUACAGUACUUUUUGUUGUUGGUGAUCAUGGAAUGACAGAAAGUGGUGAUCAUGGUGGUGAUAGCAACAAUGAAAUUGAAGCUGCUAUGUUUGUUUAUUCUAUGGUUCCUCUUGUAAAAUAUAAUUCAUCUAGCAAUACUGUGAAUCAGAUUGAUCUUGUUCCCACAUUGGCAUCAAUUCUUGGAACACCCAUACCAUUUUCAAACUUAGGAUCUGUCAUAAUUGAUUCAGUUCCAAGUUCAACAAAAAAUGGAAAAUUAGAGAAUGAUUUAUGGUAUCUUUUACUUUCAAUGUGGAGAAAUAUUGCACAGACAAAAAGAUAUAUGAAUGUGUACUCUAGAGAUAGUUAUUCGUUUUCUAAUGAGCAACUUCAAAAUUUAGAAAAUAUGUAUAAUCAUCUGUUUCAACAAAUUAGAAGCAUAACUACUAUUGAUGAAUUUGAAUCUUUUAUUAUAAAUAGUAAAAAUUACUUUAAACUGCUCAAAGAUACAUGUUCUGAAGUUUGGGUUCAAUUUGAUUCUAAUCUAAUGUCAAAAGGGCUAUUUUUAAUGUUUAGUGCUUUGUUUUUCUUUUAUCUAUUUAUCACAGGCAUUCCAGAAAAUCGCAUGUCUAAGAUAUUUCAAUCAUCAUUUUCACAGUACUCUAUUUUAACAAAUUUAAUUACUGCACUAAUAGUGUCAUUUUUAUUCUUUUUUGGCAUCGUAGAAGAAUUUAAAAAUACUACAUUAUUUGCUACUGGUACAGUAUCUAUAGUAUUAUUAGUAUUAUUAAUUGCUAAAAACUGGGAUGUAAUUUCUUUAACUUGGUAUGAUUAUCGAAAAAUAAAAAAAUUGAUGUAUGUUACAAAAGUGGUACUUUUUUUAACAAUAUGUAGUCUCUUUUCUAACAGUUAUAUUAUUGAAGAAAAUAAUGUACUAUCUUUUUUAAUUGUUACACUUCUUUGGCUUCUUAUGUUUAAUUUAAAGAAAGAAAAUACUAAUGAAAAUUCAGAAAGAAAAACAAAGCCAUUUUUAAAAUCACAGACAAAGUCAAGUUUAAAGACAGUUAUAAUAGUCACUGGUUUAGUAGCAUGCAUUUCUAUACGAUUAUCUUAUUACUUCUGGCGAUGCAGAGAGGAACAACAGACACGUGUAUACUCUACAUUUAUAAUUGGUAAAACAGGAUCUAUAACAUCAGAUAAUUUAGAACGUAUUUUACUUGCUAUCACCUUGAUUAUACUUGCAUUAUAUAUUACAAUUAUUAGAUUAUGGUUACAAAAUUGUGGAAAUCUUUCUGGUUUCUCUCCCAGUGUUUUGGUAGGACAAUAUUGUCCUGUUGUGAUUGGUGUUUGUAUGGGCUGUUAUUGGGUCCUUCAAAGAUUACCAAAAUUUGUGAAAGCAAAGUAUGCAUUGUCGUGGCAAGUAAACACAUUGCCCAAUAUAGUGUACGCAUUAAGUCUGUUUGCAAUUUUUAUUCUGUACUAUCGUCCCCUCAGUAUAUUUCUACUACCAAAGAAAAAAGAAUCGAUUAACAUAUAUCAUAACGAAAAUAUAGUACCUCGAUUAUUUGAGAAAAUAAAGGAAUCAAUUUAUCGCAAAAAAAUAGAUGUAGAUCAAACACCAGUUGUUUAUGGUUUGGGUACUGCCUAUAGCGCGGCAUUUGUCUCAUUAAGUGUAUUUCUUAUGUUAUUGUAUUCUUUAUUAUUAGGAGAUAUAUUAUCACCUAGUACUUUUUUAAUGUUUAUAUGUUGUGCCUCUGUUUUGGGCUUAUCAGCAAUAGAAAGAUACAAAAAUGCUAAUAGUAUAUCUGAACUUGUCAAAGUGCCUACUCCUAUACUGUUAUGUUGGUUCUUAAUAGCAGAAUAUUUCUUUUAUGGCACUGGUCAUCAACCAACUUUCCCCACCAUUCAUUGGGAUGCUGCUUUUGUGGGGACUGGUGGACACUUUUAUGGAAAUUUAUUACCUGCAAUCUUGAUAGGAAUAAACACAUUUGGAUCAUAUAUUAUAUUAGGUGCAACAUUACCACUAUUAGUAAUUGUGCCAUUUACCUUUUAUCUUGUAUUUCCAAAAUUGGUCAAAGUAAAAUUUUUGGAGGAUGAUAUGAAAAGGGGAGAACUGCUUCUGUUUGAACAAGAUUCUGUAUUUCAUACUGCAAUCUUCUCAAUUGCAGGAAAAUACAUACUGCUUCAUGGAAUUAGAACAUUUGGCAGCAUGCUUGCUACAACUAUUCACUGUCGGCACUUAAUGGUUUGGAAGAUCUUUGCACCAAAAUUGAUAUUCGAAGGUUUGGGAUUAUUGGUAACGUUAAGCAGUGUACUGGCAUCUUUUUAUAUGGUGUUCAGAAUUGAUCAGCAAAUGGAACAUCUUAUAUCCAGAGUAACAAAAGGCAGAUGAUAAAACUUUUCAUGAUACGAAAUAUAAUCAAUAUAGUAAAGUAUCAAAGUUUGAAAUGUAAUAUUAAACCAGGAAUGUCUGCAAUGACUUUAUUCUUAACUUUGAAAACGAAAGUUUCUAUCAAAGAGAAGUAAAUUAGACGUCCAACAUUAACACUUACCGA